AUGGAGAGCUACGAGACACUUGGCAUCCUCGGCGAGGGCACCUACGGCGUCGUUGUCAAGGCCCGUAGCCGCACAACGGGGAAGCUAGUUGCCAUCAAGCGCUUUAAGCAGACAGAACAGGAUGAACACGUCCGCAAGACCUCCACUCGCGAGGUGCGCAUGUUGCAGCUGCUGCGGCAUCCCAACGUAAUCCGUCUCGAGGAUGUCUUCCGAAGAGAAGGUAAGCUCUACCUCGUGUUUGAGUUUAUUGAUCACACGAUCCUGCAGCUUCUGGAGAGCACCACGCGCGGCCUCUCCCGCCGAGAGCUGCGCCGCUACGCCUACCAACUUCUGCGCGGUAUCGAGUUUUGCCACAAACACAACGUCAUUCACCGCGACGUGAAGCCGGAAAAUGUGCUCAUCGACGAAUCAGGACUGCUGAAGCUCUGUGACUUCGGCUUUGCUCGACAGAUGUCGGCGAAAGGCAAGUACACGGACUACGUCGCAACGCGUUGGUAUAGGGCGCCGGAGCUGCUGGUUGGAGAUGUGGCCUACGGCAAGCCGGUGGACGUGUGGGCGCUAGGGUGCAUGUUUGCUGAGCUCUCCGAUGGACAGCCGCUCUUCCCCGGCGAGUCGGACCUAGACCAGCUGUGCCUGAUUCUGCAGACCUGUGGACCAGUGCCGGCGCGAAUGGUUUUCAUCUUUGAGCACAACCCACUGUACAGUGGCGUCAGCUUCCCGAAAACUGGCAUCAUCUACACGCUCAAGGAGCGCUACCACCGCGAGUCGGACGACUGGCUCGAUUUCCUCAGCUCCUGUCUUCACACCGACCCUGCGCAGCGGCUGACGUGCACGGAGCUCAUGGAGCUUCCCUACUUCACGCGUGACGGCUUCCGCGAUCGCUACGAAGCCGAGCUACGGGCUGCGACGGGUCUGCCCCAGCUGCAGUCCACCCCCAUGACGUCAACGCCUUCGACACAGCGGCGUGUGCCAGAUCACGCAGCAGGUGUAGGGGACAGCUUGAAGGCAGACCCGGUGGUGUCUCCAAGCAUGCCCCACUCGAGCGAGAUCAUUUCUCCAAAACUGCAGGGACAGCAACCACUCGCAAGCAACAACAAUUUAAGCGACACGUGCCUCUCCAAGGCCCCGCUCGAGGCCGUCCUGCAUGACGCCAACACCGCCAAGGGAAAGGCAGCGGGUGCGCCGAAGUCCACGUUGCCGCCGCCCCACACGCCGGCGUCUGACCAAUCCAUGCAGCUGCCGAUGAUUCUCAACGGUAACUCGGAGAGGGCCAUCGCUGCGUCACUGACGGACUAUUUGCAUCAGGAGCCCACCUCUUCGAGCGUUGCGGCGUCGCCGCCGGUAGGGGCCGCUCCGACAGAGGUGGCCGAGGGGCUUACCAACGCUGAUUUGCUCGCCCCCUCGUGUGAGGUGGUGUCAGCACUGCAGGCCUCGUCGAUCACCAACACAUUAGCCAUGCGCGAUCGAAAGAAGAAGCGGUGCAGCAGCGUUGCAGCGACUGAGUUGCACCGACGCAGCGGUGUAGACAAAAACAGUGAGACUGACUGCGCUGUGUCGACAGGCGACAAUAGGGGUGGGUUGGUCAAGCACAUUAGCUGCCAUUCUCCGAGAUCGACCACGCUUCCGUCCAGCGGAGUUCAUGGCGGCGGCGGCUGUCACGGGCUGGGGCGAGAAAGCGAAACGAUGACCGUGUCACCGCCGUCCAUGUCGCACGGAGUGGCUGACAGUAACAUGCGGGUAGUCCUGACUACCGCCCCACCAGGAAAAGAUGGCGACGAGACGACUGUGCCGACCCACCGAGCUUCGACACCGGCGUCAGCGGACAAACUCAGGACAACAGCGACCACCAUUCUUUCCUCGCCGUCGCUGGCCGCCACCCACGUUGCCCCGCUGGAGGCGUGUCCACAGGACCUCCCCGCCCUGUCGCGGCACCUCCCGCACCACUUAGAGCAGGAGCGGCAGGCAGCAGUGGUGGAGCAGUUACAGUCGCGCACCCCAUCCUCCGUCGAGACCUUGAUGCUUUCUUUCCGCGUCCGAACGCGCAACCCACUCGCUUCUCUCUCAUUGGAGAACGAGGGUCUUUCUCAUAGUAAGGCAAACAGUGAGGCGGCCGAGUUGAGCGCCGCAAAGACCCACGGCGGCAUCUCGAACUCAAGCACCUACACGACCUCCCACGUCGCCAGCGAAGCGAAGAAGCGCAAGCUCUCCAGGCAUAAGAGAGAGACGAGCUGCGUGUAUGACCAGCUGGUGGCGUCCGUCAAGGGCAGCGGAUCGCAUUGCUCUGUCCCAGGGCACGCAGUGGAUGAGGAUGCUUACCACACCGAGAUAGCCUCGGUGGCGGGCCCUUCGAGGCCAGAGGCGUCGCUGUUACUUGCCAAUGUGCCGGGAAAACAGCAGCAGCACUUGCUAGGCUCGGAGCCAGGCGGAACCCACGUUACUGAACAGCACCUGCACUGCGUUGGUGCAGGCCUGAGUGCGCCUGACUUCACCCAUAACCGCAGCGUCGACGCACACGGCCCACUGCAGCGCAAGGAGCGGCGAUCUAAACCUUUGCCUGGCUCAACGUACGCACUCCAUAAUAGUGAUCAGCGCCAACGCCAGCAGCCGCAUCCGCGACUGGACGGUUCACUGCAGCCUGAUGGCGGUGCCUCUCAGCGCGCCACGGCCACCUUGCUUGCCUUAUCAGCGCUUCGCAACGUCUCCGGGCCGCCGCCGACCAAGUCCACUGGCGACGCGGGCAAGUGCAGCUACAUCCACCACAUACGCUCGCACAUCAACAACAACGGAGGCGAGGCAGUGGGCUUCGUGGUUGGUGGCGACGGCAAAGGCCCAAACACGAGCACAACAGGUCGCGCUCGACGUUCCCUAGGCGUGUACGCGCUGCACGGCUGCAGCGGCAAUAGCGAUGAGACCGAGGCGACCCGCCGGGUUCAGAAAAAGAAUCUCUUCAUGGCGCACGGGCGAACUAGCAACGGCGCAGCGGGUUGCAUCAGCUUCCCAGACAAGUACACGGGGUCCUCUUGUCACGCUAUCGGCAGCCUGCAUGGCGCACCGUACAACUCCUUUGCGAAGGCCUCCAAGGUGGAAGGGGAGGUGGGCGGGGCCCAGCAGCGGCAGAGCCUGCGGAAGCCCAAAAAAAAGAUUGCAGGCAACCGCGGUAGCGGCAUCGUAAACACAAGCAGUAUCCAUAGUCUCCGUCACUCACUGACAACUGGGCGACAGAUGCAGCACCAGCAACAACUUGCGAAAGAGGAAGGUGGCAACGGUGAUGGAACAGCGCGUCAGUUUAAUGCCGCCACGGCUGCAUCCCCCUAUACCAGCAACUGA